GAACGAAAUUACAAGAAGACAAACUGUAAUCAACCGUUGACGGAUUGCAUCCGGCCACACGCGUGGCGCAGGCUCCGCUCGCCGGUAACUCACUCUCGAUCGGGUUUCCCAUAUGGUGCACCUGCGCAGCAUCCUCCGCGUCCAUAGCGGGUGGACCAAGUGAGCACCAACAGCGCCGCCUGACCCGAACCGAAGCUCAGUUCUCGACCGGUCGCGACUCUGCUCGGACAUCCGAAAGCGGUGAAACCUCGAAAAGAACCACUUGAACCCGCGAAAACGCACGCGUCUCGCGUUCCGAACCCCGUCGCGGCAGCCCUUCUCAUCUAGGAACGUGACCGACGACGGUUCCUCGAAAAAUUCCUCUGUGUAUAGUGUAGUGACACGAGCGAGCAGCAAUUGCAGAAAGCGAAAAAUGGCGCCCCUAGAGAAGUGCUAGCUAUAGUGAUUAGCGCGGGUUGAUCGAUUUAACGCGACUUCGAUCUGAUUGUUUUGACCGGGGUACCAGGUGAUCAGUGCUGCGUGUGGGAUGGGUAAUCAACCGACCAAACAGUCCGGGAAGCCGAAGAAGGCCGUCCACUGGAAGUCAGCAGAGCCGCCGUCGCCUCCGGGCAAGCCGAUGUUGGUUCCUGGAUCACCGAGCAAUUCAGCACCGGAUGUCGUGACGCUUCGUUGGAAACGACCGACGAGCGAUGGCGGGUCGCCAAUUCUUGGAUACAUCAUAGAACACCGGCGGACGGGUUCACCGCACUGGGUUCGUGCCUCAGCUGUGUUGAUCCAGGCCACAGAACUGUCCUUUAGUGGACUCGAGCCUGGAUGGCGCUACCAGUUCCGGGUAACGGCACAGAACAUUGUCGGGCAGUCCGACUGUAGUGAACUGUCUGACCCGUUGACAGUGACUCUACAGCGAGCGGCCAUCGCACCGCCACGGUUUGUUCAAGAACUUUACGAUACCACUGCCAUCGAGAACGAGAAAAUUGAAUUCCGAGUGUCCGUCGCGGGAAGUCCUGCACCACAGAUCAGCUGGUUCAAGGAUGGGUUCGAGAUAUUCAGCAGUCGUCGAACGAAGAUCAUUACCGAAGCAGACUUGAGCAUACUUGUCAUCCACCAAGCGGCGUUAACGGACGAAGGAGAGUUCAAAUGCACGGCUACCAAUCGGGCAGGUCAUGCCACAACCAUCUGCAGUUUGUCCAUCGAUGCUUAUCCCAAGAUACGUCUCCCUAGACAGUACGAAGAAGGCCUGAUCGUUGAAGCUGACGAAGUGAUACGUCUUAAAGUAGGUGUUGCCGGACAACCAACGCCAAUAGUCGAGUGGAGCCACAACGGUGAACUCAUAACGAACGGUGGCCGUUACGAAAUCGAAACAAACGACAAGAACUCAUCUCUCCGAAUCGCCAAUGCUCAGAGAAGUGAUCGUGGCGAGUAUAACCUGCGCGCGAUCAAUAAACUAGGCGAAGACUACGCGUUCUUCUUGGUUACUGUUACAGCCAAACCAGAACCUCCAGGCAAAGUUCAGAUCAGUGUAGGUCUCGGGAAAGCUAUCACCCUCAGCUGGUCCGCUCCUGAAGACGACGGUGGUUGCAAAAUCGGCAACUACAUAGUAGAAUACUAUCGUGUCGGUUGGGAUGUCUGGCUCAAGGCAACCACCUGUCGACAACUCACUACGACCCUCAGCGGACUCUUCGAAGGCUCCCAAUACCGUUUCCGAGUAAAGGCAGAGAACCCGUACGGCCUCAGCGACCCCUCCGAAGAAUCAGACACACUAUUCAUCCCGGAUCCCAAGCGCGGAAUCAACAGUGCCACCCAAAUCCCAGAACCAGAGCCCGAAGAACCCGAACCCAUCCCGCAAGCAGUUCCUCGCAAACGUCGGGACCCCUCACCACCCCGGGAACCCGAGCAGAUCAAAAAAGUCAAAGCCUUCACCCCGGAAACCUACAGCCGGGACGAAAUCGUCCGCGAAAUGUCCUACGGAGCUCGGGACGAAGACUUCUUCCAACCGAAGCAAUCCACCGAACCACCCAAACCCCCCGCCGUCGUCAUCACCGAGCCGAAGAAAGAACCCACCCCUCCUCCAUCCCCGAAACCCCAACGCCCGCAAUCCUUCACCUCGCCCCUCAAAGCGAUGGAGAAAUUCUCCAAGGAACCCAGCCCGCUUUUCAACCGCCCAUCUCCAUCCCCAUCCCCAUCCCCCUCGGACAACCAGCUGUCCGCCCAGUCGCAGAUGCAGCAGCAGCCAACGUCCCCCACCGACGCCCAGUCGCCGACCAUGCACAACAGCAGCGAGUUCAUGCUGGUCCUGUACAACGAACCGGAAGCGAAAAAUAAUACACCCAACGGUAGUAACAAACCGAUACAGACCGCUACAAACAAGCUUCCCAUUCGGUCAUUACUGUACUCCCAGCUUUAUCGGGAAAAGUAUUGCACUCGACGCCUUCUGCUGUCUGCUUACAAUCGCCCAGCAAACAUGCGUCCACCGGUUCGUUCCCUAUCGAUCGCAUCCGGAAACUCAACCUUCGAUUUUGAGCUGGAAGACUUGGCAGCUCCGCCACCUCCGCUGUCCCUGUCGGCUCCGGAGCUGAAUGUGGAACCACCACCGGCACCAAGAAUGCGUCCGGCGGUGAGUUCGACGGAGCUGCUCUACGAACGGGCGAUGGCACGAUUCUACCAAGCCGUGGCCAUGGAGGAAACCGAAAACCAACGCAAGGAAGCCGAGCGGAGGAGAAGCGUAAGCGUGGUCGAGGCACAGCAUCAUCAGCAACAGCAGCAACAACAAGCGCAACAGCAACAACUGGAUGGAACGGCUGUGGUGACUCGGCAAUCGGACCGCCGUAGCAGCCUUCGUCGGCGUCUGUCCGGGGAUAAGGAAGCGAUCGUGAAGCAGUCUAGUUUCGAAUCGCAACAUUCCAGUGCCGUGGACGAUGUGAUAGUUGAGGAGAAAGAGGAAGUGGUGAAAGAAAUGGAACUAAGGGAGGAGGAGGCUGAAGGUGCUGUGGGUAAGGUGCCGGAUUUGGACGAGGAGUUCUCGAUAUCUUCGUCUAUGGAUUCGAUGCUGGAAGAGCUGAAGCGAAGGGAGUCGGCGCGAUCGAGCAGGUCGAGGAUAAUGAGCGACGACGAGGAGAUGGAGACGUAUCAUCCGGGACCGAGGGUAAUGUCCCCGUACAGAAAUCCCGAUCCAAGUCAGGCCAUAGAGGUGUUGACGAAGCCAUUGCCGAUGCCAGAUCCAAAUUUUGUACCGAAGCCAAUUUUGAAACGGCCAUCAACGGAGAUUUUGACAAAGGAUGAGAAAGAGAAGAAAGUUGCUCCGAGUAAACCGGAGCGAAGAAGUUUGUCGAAUAUUUUUGAUCGCAAGUCUCCGGCAAAGGAAGAGCAGAAGUCUCCGAAGCCUAGUCCAACACCAACUCCAACGCCACCUCAGAUAGAAAGGGAAAAGACACCUGAAGUGGAAGUGAAGAAAUCAGAGCCUCCAGAGCCGGUGAGUGAAAAGCAAGCACCUACGGGGCAGGAGAUCAAUACAGCGAUCAAAUCGGAAGCUGCUCGACAGAGACGUCUGGAGUCCAGGCAAAGCUCCAUCGAAGAAUCCAGGGCCGUUGCUGAUUUCUACAGUGAAAUCGUUCAACAAGUAGAAAUCGCCAAGAAACCUCGUCAGUUACCACUCUACAUGAACCCCGACGAAGCUCGUAAGCUGAAUGAGCGGGCACGCUCUCGAGAAACUUCCUACGAUCGGCUUCCUGGAUCUCGUUCUGGUUCGAGGUCUCCCAUGCCGCCGGAAGAAAUCUACCGACCUCCAAAGUCUCGUUCGCCUUCGCUAAGCUCAGAGCAAAUUGUAACGAAAGGAAAGCCUGCUCGAGAAAGUCGUAUUCUUCGGCAGCGAUCGGCUUCGAUCGAGAACGAUACCAGUCGGCCACCAUCGGCAAUUAAAGAGAAUCCACCAGUGCCACUGAAUCGACCGGAAACUGCAUUUAAUCCUAGUGAAGCUAGUGAAGAAUCGCCGAGACGUAGUCGUCCCAUGCGGGAGUCCACAGCAAUUGCCAAGAAGCGAAAUGUUUCUCAGACACGUUCUCGUAGUAGUUCAGGAGUUCGUGACGGAUCAGCAGCUCCGGAGAAGACCCCGAUGGACGUUGCUAGACGUGCACGACUACGUGCUGCCUCCAAGUCUCCUGUUGCACUACAGCGAACUCCAGUUGUUGAACCAGCUCCGGAACCACCAAAGCCACCGCCUGCUCCUUCAGUACCAUCUACCCCUUCGGUUCCUUCAACUCCCUCAACUCCUGUCGAACACUCACCACCUCAGGAGCAGCGAUCCCGUUCACAGUCCCAAGCACCCGAAGCAACUCCCGAAGAAACCUCCUACCAAUCUACGGUGUCCUACCUGACAGACGUGGCUCUGUUUGCCCUAGCCUGUUGGCUGUAUCUGUUCAAGAACCCAAAGCUAGCGAUCCCGAUUAUCGUACUGAUCAUGUACCGUCACAUUAGGGAUGCCCUCCGGCAUCGGAUGCCACCAUGGAUGAAACGAUCGCUGAGCUAAUCUCAUCUGACGAGCAAUCUGAUGAAAGACAUAAUCUCAAUAACAGCAGGCAGAGACAGAAACUGAAGCAGAAGGAUAUUUUUAGCAGGUCUGAAUAAUCUUAUUCUCUUGUUUGGAUACUGGUUCUAUCUAUCUAUACAUUUGUCUUAUUCUAAAGAGGCACGAAACGAUAUUUUCCUGCACUCGCACUUUGUUUACCGAAGAAGAAUAUUUACCGUUUUUGUAUCUCUCUUUAUCUAUCUCUAAGAAUUUAGGGAAGGGAUGAAACAAGAUCCCUCGUGAUCGCGACCAAAGAUUUUGUGAGAGAACGAUCAGCUGUCGUAUGUUUGACAGCUGCCGAUUUCUUCCGCGUAAGAAAUCAAUCGAAAUUUUUUAUCUAGCACAAUAUAAAAUUUACACAAAAAAAUCGAAAAAUACUUGCACAUUCACACAUAACAAAUGAAUCGCACUCUUCGUUCACGUUUACCGGAGUUCACCCCGCCAUAUUUGUUUUAGGAUGUCAUAACCGUUCAAACGUCACUCUCUACCCGAAAGCGUAUAAUCACUUACAGUUCGAUGUAAUUUUACGUGUUAGUCCCUAAAUAAGCGAAACCUAUUUUUAAUCAAUUUGUUUAUGUUGAAGCUUUUCAUUGUUAAAUGUGUUAUAAAAAUACAAAAAAAACUACACAAACACCGACCAAACAACGAAAAUUCUUCAAUGAAUUCUAUAUUACACACACGCACACACCCACAAUCACUCAUUCGAAUGUUGACCAUUUACCAAAAUUGAAGCAUAAUUCAAGCGUCCGCGCGCGUAUUUUUGGCACAUCAAUCCGACAGUCGUCAUUCAGACAAAAAGUACACCCGAAAAUAAUCACUCCGUCGCCGCCACAAUUACGUACCAUUAUUGUACACACAUUUUGGCAAUACAGGCCAUAUAGGUGAGAGCAAAAAGGAGAAAAACUUUUGUUGAAAAGAAAACUCGACCAGAAGCCAAAGCGAGAGGUAGUAAAUUUGUUCUUAAAAUAAACAUUAAACACAAACACCAAA